AUGUUCGAACCAAUUAUAAAUGAAUAUCUUGAAAAUGCAGCAUGCAAGGAUUGGUCAAUUAUUGCCAUUCUAGAAUAUAUUAAAUCAAAAUCUCAAAUAAACGCUGAUAUGAUUGAGGUCGUGAAAGGAGAAAUAUAUUCAGCUUUACAAAGUUUCAGAGACACUCGCAACGUCCACCUUCAUGAGAAUGCAAAAAACAAAGCAAGAAGACUUUUAACAAACUUUGAUAAGUCAUUCGUUUCAGCUGAUGUAAAGUUUUUUAUCGAUGAAUUAGAACUACGAAAUGAAAGAAGGGAAUUCCAUAUAACAGUAUGUCGAAAUGUGACAUCUGCAAACACCUUACAAGCAUUAGAGCAACAUAGAUCAACCAGAAACGCAAUUGAAGAAGUACGCAAUACAAGUAUAGCUAUUUCCUCUGUUGAUGAUGGAUCUUACCAGGUUAUUGAAAAAGAAAAUGGGAUACAAGAGAAACGAUGGAAACUUAAUGAAUAUCGUAAGAGAUGGGAAAGUUUAAGAAAUUUAGAGGUACCAGAAUAUGAUAAUGCUCCUUACGAAAAAGAAGAUUGGAAAAGGAUUUUGUAUUGGGCAGAACGUGCUGUUGGAUCAUUUCUUGAUGCUUUUGAAUCCGAGCAUAACCCUAUACAGCAAAAUGAUUGCGGAGAGAGAGAAUGGUUUGGAGGUUAUAUAAUUCCUAUAUUUCAAGGCGCCUUGACAUUAAACACUGUUUGUCGUGUUCCUUGGGGAGAGGUUACAGUAAUUGCGACUGCUCGAAGAAAGAAUCACGACAAAAAUGCAUUAGAAUAUCAGAUUGAACGGGGCCAUCUAGCUGAUUUAUCGUGCAAGAUCAACCAACAAGAAGUUGUUUGUGGUUUGGCUUGUGGGGGACCUCAUAAAUAUGACCUUACAAAGUGGGAAUCCGAUGAAUAUCAUCUUCCAAGGAUGCUUAAAGACACGUUGGAUGACAUGCUGGAAAAUUGUCGGAGUAGAAAUAUACGCGCAUCAAAUCUUUAUACUAUCGGAAUUCAGCAAUAUAUGACGGAGAUACGAAUAUAUAUGAUGGAAAAACGUGAUGUAUAUCGAUUCCACCUCUUAAAAUCAUUCAAUCUACCCCUCUCUCGUGCGUUAUUUGGCAACUUACGUUUUGCUCUUUCAUGGGCAUGGAAUAUUAAGGGUCUUGUCGAACGCCUAUCAUUUGAAUUGGAAGAUGGAAUGAUUGUUUCCUCCAAAACUCCUGAACGCGAUCCGCCCGACGAAAUGAAGACUGAUAUAACGCCGGACAGAUCGAAAAAGAAAAAAGUUUGA